AAUCCUUCAAUAUCCACACCUGAAGUAAGACAUCGAUUUAAUCCACUCACGCCGCUUAAAUUGUUACGUUAUCCAGGUGGAACUUUGAUGAUCAUUUACAUUAGCAUUGUGUCAUCAAUAAUCCAACUUCAAUUUGUUAGUGUGCCUGUCAACUUCACCAUCAGAUAUCAUCUGACAUCAUCACAAGUCGGUUUGUUAUUCUUUGUGCCUGGUUUUGGAUUCAUGGUUGGCAGUUUUAUUGGUGGUAGAUAUUCAGAUUUUGUGAUGAAACAAGCAAGAAAGAAAAAUGGGAUUACUAAUCCAAAAUCAAGAAUUCAUAGUGCUUGGAUUAGUGCUGUAUUAGUACCAACUUCUUAUUUGAUUUAUGGUUGGUUGGUUGAAAAAGAAGUUCAUAUGGCUGGCCCAUUGAUUGCUUGGUUUUUUGCAUCAUUCGGUACCCAAGUAAUUUAUAACUCGAUGUCAACCUAUCUGGUUGAUGUUUUCACAGGUCAGAGUGCAUCAAUCAUAGCAUUGAACAAUUUUGUACGCAUGAUGGCGGCUGGCACUUUAUCAAUUUCGUCAUCUCUAAUGGAAAAACAAUUAGGAACUGGGUUGAUGUUUACUCUCUUGAGUGGAAUAUGUUUUGCCAGUAUUUUACUUUUAGUGUUGGUUUAUAUUAAAGGAAAAACUUGGCAAGAACAAUUUAAAGUUUGA